UGUCGUGGGCGGGGCUUGUGUCAAUGGGCGGGGGAAGCCCUGACGCUGGAGUCUCUGAUUGGUGGUUGUGCACGACGUCGGUGUCGGCCAGCUUCGUUUUGCGGCCAAACAUGACGCGCAGGCUGGGGAAAAAAAUUACAUAAAAACAAAUAAAUAAACACGCAAACAAACAAAUAACCGCUGUUUCGUUGAAUAGAUUCACCGCCUCCUCGAUGAGUCUGUUAUAUGGAUAUGUGUUAGGACAGAGGGGAUAAUUGCUGGGACAUUGCGGGGACUCUGCGGGGACACGGCGUGCUGAGACUCCCACGGAGCGGCCCUGAUGUUUUCCGCGAGUUCCUGGUAAAACACGCGCCCCAGAAGGGUAACGGGACCGAGAGCUCGAGCUGCUGAACACCGUGCGCACUCAGAAUGGCCGGAGUGUGUAACGGCCCAACAUCUGGACCGGGUGACAUCAUCCAGCUGAACGUCGGAGGAACACGGUUUAGCACCUCAAGACAGACUCUUAUGUGGAUUCCAGACUCUUUCUUCUCAAGCUUACUCAGUGGGAGAAUAUCGACACUUAGGGAUGAAACUGGAGCUAUAUUUAUUGACAGGGACCCGACCGCAUUUGUGCCCAUUUUGAACUUCCUUCGCACUAAAGAGUUAGAUUUAAGAGGGGUCAGCAUAAGCAUUCUGCGCCAUGAAGCUGAGUUUUAUGGGAUUACACCAUUAGUUCGGCGUUUGCUGCUGUGCGAGGAGCUAGAGAGAUCAUCGUGUGGAAGUGUGCUUUUUCAUGGCUACCUCCCACCACCAGCUAUCCCCCCUCGCAAGGUUGCCAGUGGGCAGAGUGCUGCUGCUGGAAUCCAGGACGAGUACCCAGGCACCAGCGGAGCAGACGGGGGCUUCUUGCGAUCAAGUUCGCACACAUCUCUCCCUGGACCCAACGGAUUGGACGGGGCAACGAGACUCUCUGGAUCAGCAGUUGAUCCCAGGAAGGUGCUCAUUGUUGCCGGUCAUCACAACUGGAUAGUUGCUGCCUACGCUCAUUUCGUCAUUUGCUACAGGAUAAAGGAAUCCUCAGGAUGGCAGCAGGUGUUCUCAAGUCCUUACCUAGACUGGGCCAUUGAGCGUGUCGCCCUAAAUGCGAAAGUAGUAGGCGGUCCUCAUGGUGACAAAGACAAGAUGGUUGCGGUGUCGUCGGAGAGCAGGAUCAUCUUAUGGAGUAUCCAGGAUGGGGGAAGUGGCAAUGAGAUAGGUGUGUUCAGUCUUGGUGUGCCUGUUGAUUCUCUUUUCUUCAUUGGGAGUCAGCUGGUUGCCACCAGUCAUACUGGGAAGGUCGGUGUGUGGAACGCAGUGACACAGCAUUGGCAAGUGCAGGAUGUAGUACCCAUCACCAGCUGUGACACAGCUGGAUCCUUUCUUCUUCUUGGAUGCAACAAUGGCUCCAUUUACUACAUUGACAUGCAGAAGUUCCCACUGAGAAUGAAGGACAAUGACCUGCUGGUGACCGAGCUCUACCACGACCCCUCGAAUGAUGCCAUAACAGCUCUCAGCGUGUACUUAACACCUAAAACCAGCGUGAGCGGAAACUGGAUCGAGAUCGCGUAUGGCACUAGUUCAGGUGCAGUGCGUGUGAUAGUGCAGCACCCCGAGACGGUUGGAUCAGGGCCUCAGCUGUUUCAGACAUUCACGGUCCAUCGCAGCCCUGUCACCAAGAUCAUGCUGUCUGAGAAACACCUCGUAUCAGUGUGUGCCGACAAUAACCACGUGAGGACGUGGACAGUGACUCGCUUUAGAGGCAUGAUCUCCACUCAGCCUGGGUCCACGCCACUGGCUUCCUUCAAGAUCAUCUCGCUGGAGGAGACAGAGAGCCAUAGCAGCUACUCCUCCGGCAACGACAUAGGACCAUUUGGAGAGAGAGACGACCAACAAGUGUUCAUUCAGAAAGUCAUUCCGAUAACCAACAAACUCUUUGUGCGUCUCUCCUCCACUGGAAAGAGGAUCUGCGAGGUGCAGGCAGUGGACAGUACCACCAUCACGUGUUUCACAGUGCGCGAGUGCGAGGGCUCCAGUCGCAUGGGCUCCCGGCCACGUCGCUACCUCUUCACCGGCCACGCGAACGGCAGCAUCCAGAUGUGGGAUCUAACCACGGCCAUGGACACGGCGAACAAGAACGACAGCAAAAGCAAACGGGAUGUGGAAGUUGGAGGGCCUACAGAGGAGGAGCUUCUAAAGCUGCUUGAUCAAUGCGAUCUGAGUACAUCACGCUGUGCCACACCCAACAUUAGCCCCGCUCCUUCAGUACUGCACCACAGCCGACUCCGAGAGUCCUGCUCCAGUCUUCAACUGCAGGCCCAAGAACUCUUGUCAGAGAAUGCCACAUACGGUGCUGUACGUCCGUACCGAGAGAGCCCCCUGCUGGCCCGUGCCCGUCGCACAGAGAGCUUCAGCAGCUACCCUGACAUCCACACUCUCAACCUGGCCAAAGUCCUGAGGGAACACGGUGGGCAUUGCAGCGGCACUGACGAUGACAGCAACGGUGACACCGGAGACAAGAGGAGCUCCGAGAGUCCGGCGAGCACCACAGACAGUCCCAGAGAUCACCGGCGUAGGGCACACUCAUCCGACGAAGGUACUUUAGAGGGCCGAGCGGAGGGUAAGAGGAGAGGAGCGUUUGAAGGGAACUUCCUAAGCCGGAAGAAGGCGCCGCCGGUCCCUCAGCUGAGCUCUGUGUCUGUGGGGAGUGAGGCAGGAGGCAGCGACUCGUCCAGCACUGCCUCCCCCUCUCCAACUAAAGCGUCCACUUCCCCACGCCACCGCAGGGGUCUGGACAUGAGCGAAUGAACGCUAAAAUAGGGUGUGUAUAUAAAUAACAAAUACAUACCGAAGCAGUAUUACCAUAGACAUACACAUAUCCCUGAAGGAGUAUAUCUCUGGUAAGAAACACAGAGAUACAGGAUACUGGUGUCUAAAGCCGAUGUUGAAUGAAUAUUUAAAUAUAUCUACUGCAUACUUCUUACUCAA